AUGUCUGACUUCCCUUCUGGCUUUGGGGAACUGGACUUCGGCUAUAAAUCUCUUGCUUUCAUCUGCUAUGGAGCUGAAAGGAAGGAAGGGAUCAAAAGUGAAAGUGCAGUCAUAGAUCAGGCUUUUCUUCACCGAAUGAUCCAAUGUGCUACAGCCAAAGUGGAUAAAAAUGUCACAGAAGAGACAGUUAAGAUGUUGUUUUCAAAUAUUGAAGAUAUUCUUGCAGUUCACAAAAACUUCCUGUCCCUGGUGGAGGAGUGUUUACAGCCAGAACCUAAUGCACAGCAUGAAGUUGGAACCUGCUUUCUGAAUUAUAAAGAGAAAUUCCGUAUCUAUGAUGAAUACUGUAGUAACCACGAGAAGGCACAGAAAGUUCUGCUUGACCUAAACAAAAUAAGAACAGUGCGGACAUUUCUUUUGAACUGCAUGCUCCUUGGAGGACGCAAGAACACAGAUGUACCAUUGGAAGGAUAUCUAGUAACACCAAUACAGAGGAUAUGCAAGUAUCCCCUUCUUCUAAAGGAGCUACUGAAGCGGACUCCAAGGAAGCACAGUGACUAUGCAGCCCUAAUGGAAGCCCUCCAGGCCAUGAAAGCUGUCUGUUCCAACAUAAAUGAAGCCAAGAGACAAAUGGAAAAAUUAGAGUUUUUGGAAGAAUGGCAGUCUCAUGUUGAAGGAUGGGAGGGGUCCAACAUCACAGACACGUGCACAGAAAUGCUGCGAAGUGGACUACUACUGAAAAUUUCAGCUGGAAAUAUCCAAGAGAGGAUAUUUUUUCUUUUUGAUAACCUUUUGGUCUACUGCAAAAAAAAGCACAGGCGACUGAAGAACAGCAAAGCAUCUACAGAUGGCCACCGUUACCUUUUUCGAGGCAGAAUAAACACAGAAGUGAUGGAAGUAGAGAAUGUAGAUGAUGGAACAGCUGACUACCACAGCAGUGGACACACUGUUAUUAAUGGCUGGAAGAUCCACAAUACGGCAAAGAAUAAAUGGUUUGUAUGCAUGGCAAAAACCCCUGAAGAGAAGCAAGAAUGGCUGGAAGCUAUUUUGAAAGAGCGAGAGAGAAGAAAAGGUUUAAAAUUGGGCAUGGAACAGGACACUUGGGUGAUGAUUUCAGAGCAAGGAGAAAGACUGUACAAAAUGAUGUGCAAACAAGGGAAUCUCAUCAAAGACAGGAAGAGGAAAUUGACAACUUUCCCCAAAUGCUUUCUUGGAAGUGAAUUUGUGUCCUGGCUGUUAGAAAUUGGAGAGAUACACAAAUCUGAAGAAGGUGUUAAUCUUGGCCAAGCUUUAUUAGAGAAUGGCAUUAUCCAUCAUGUUACAGAUAAACACCAAUUCAAACCUGAACAUAUGCUGUACAGAUUCCGAUAUGAUGAUGGAACAUACUACCCCAGAAAUGAGAUGCAGGAUGUGAUCUCAAAGGGUGUACGACUGUACUGUCGCCUUCACAGUCUGUUUACCCCAGUAAUUAGGGAUAAAGAUUAUCAUUUGAGAACCUACAAAUCUGUGGUUAUGGCUAACAAAUUCAUAGAUUGGUUGAUUGCACAGGGAGAUUGCCGGACGAGGGAGGAAGCUAUGAUAUUUGGUGUAGCUCUUUGUGAUAAUGGGUUUAUGCACCAUGUGUUAGAGAAAAGUGAAUUUAAAGAUGAACCACUGCUGUUCCGUUUUUAUGCGGAUGAAGAAAUGGAAGGAUCAAAUAUGAAGCACAGACUCAUGAAACAUGACCUGAAAGUAGUGGAAAAUGUCAUAGCCAAGUCGUUACUGAUUAAAUCUAAUGAAGGCACCUAUGGUUUCGGUUUAGAAGAUAAAAAUAAGGUGCCAAUUAUUAAAGUGGUGGAGAAAGGAUCAAAUGCUGAGAUGGCAGGCUUGGAAGUUGGGAAGAAAAUCUUUGCCAUUAACGGUGACCUGGUUUUUCUGCGACCCUUCAGUGAAGUGGAUUGCUUCCUGAAAGCCUGUUUAAACAGCAGACAGCCCCUGCGGGUUCUGAUGAGCACUAAACCACGGGAGACGGUGAAGAUUCCUGACUCUGCAGAUGGACUUGGAUUCCAAAUUCGGGGCUUUGGCCCGUCAGUUGUCCAUGCUGUUGGGAGAGGAACAGUGGCAGCUGUGGCAGGUCUCCAUCCUGGCCAGUGCAUAAUCAAAGUGAAUGGAAUCAAUGUCAGCAAAGAGACUCAUGCAAGUGUUAUUGCUCAUGUCACAGCAUGCAGGAAGUACAGGCGGCCGAUGCAGCAAGAUUCUAUACAGUGGAUUUACAACAGCAUUGAAAGCGCACAGGAAGAUCUUCAGAAAACAAACACCAAGCCCUCUGGAGAUGAUGGAGGGGAUGCCUUUGACUGCAAAGUGGAAGAGGUAAUUGACAAAUUUAACACUAUGGCAAUAAUUGAUGGGAAGAAAGAUCAUGUGAGUCUGACUGUUGACAAUGUUCAUCUGGAGUAUGGAGUGGUUUAUGAGUAUGACAGCACAGCUGGAAUAAAGUGCCAUGUCUUAGAAAAAAUGAUUGAACCAAAGGGAUUUUUCAGCUUGACUGCAAAGAUUCUUGAAGCACUGGCAAAAAGCGAUGAACAUUUUGUGCAGAACUGCAACAGCCUCAGUUCCUUAAAUGAAGUGAUUCCCAUUGAGCUUCAAAGUAAAUUCAGUGUCAUUUGCAGUGAGAAAAUUGAGCAUAUCUACCGAAGAAUCUCUAGUUAUAAAAAGUUUUCAAGAGUAUUAAAAAACAGAGCUUGGCCGACCUUCAAACAAGCUAAGUCAAAGAUUUCACCACUUCACAGCAGUGAUUUCUGUCCAACGAAUUGCCAUAUUAAUGUGAUGGAAGUCUCUUACCCUAAAACCUCAACUUCCCUUGGUAGUGCCUUUGGUGUACAGUUGGACAGCAGGAAACAUUCUUCCCAUGAAAAGGAAAAUAAAAAUACUGAUCAAGGCAAACUGAAUCCCAUGAUUUAUGUCCAACAUACCAUCACUACUAUGGCUGCCCCUUCAGGACAGUCUCUUGGCCAGCAAGAGGGCCAUGGUCUGAGGUACCUUUUAAAAGAAGAAGAUUUAGAAACACAGGAUGUCUAUCAGAAAUUGCUGUUCAAAUUACAGGCUGCACUGAAAGAGGUGGAAACAUGUGUCUGUCAAAUAGAUGACCUUCUUUCUUCAAUAACAUAUUCUCCCAAAUCUGAACGUAAAACGCCUGAGCCUUUAAUACCAGCAGACAGUGAUAAUGAAAAGGGGGAAAGGAAUGGAAAGAAAGUCUGUUUCAGUGUGACAGGUGAUGAACAAGAAGAUUCUGGUCAUGAUACCAUCAGUAACAGAGAUUCUUACAGUGAUUGCAACAGCAAUAGGAACUCCAUUGCCUCUUUCACCAGCAUUUGUAGCAGUCAGUGCAGUUCUUAUUUUCACAGUGAUGAAAUGGAUUCAGGUGAUGAGCUUCCCAUAAGUGUUCGAAUGUCCCAUGAUAAACAGGACAAGCUCCAUAGCUGCUUGGAGCAUCUCUUUGGUCAAGUUGAUUCAAUUGUCAAUCUUCUGAAAGGACCAGCUGUGAUGAGGGCCUUUGAGCAGACAAAAUACUUUACACCAGGUCGAGGCCUCCAAGUUGUUUGCUAUUUCAGGACCAAGAUAAUGGGGAUGAACCUAGAGCAGGUUCACACAACAAAAUGUGGUGAAAUGGAACCGAAGCUUAACUGUCCAAGAAGGCUACGGCUCCACAUCAAGCAAGACCCUUGGAACCUCCCCAGCAGCGUCCGGAGUCUUGCCCAGAAUAUCAGAAAAUUUGUUGAAGAGGUGAAGGCACGAAUACUCUUGGCACUUCUUGAGUAUACAGAUAGCGAGAUACAGCUGAGGCGAGACAUGGUCUUCUGUCAGAGCCUAGUGGCCACAGUCUGCGCAUUUUCAGAGCAGCUAAUGGUGGCCUUAAAUCAGAUGUUUGACAACAACAAAGAAUAUGAAAUGGAGACCGUGGAGGCCAGCAGAAGGUGGUUGGAACAGAUAGCCAGUGCUGGUCUUCUCCUUCAUUUCCAGUCUCUGCUCUCACCAAACCUGGCUGAUGAGCAAGCCAUGCUAGAAGAUACAUUGGUUGCAUUGUUUGACUUGGAAAAAGUUACUUUUUACUUCAGACAAUCAGAGCCAGAACCACUAGUUGCGAAUGUACCGAUCACAUACCAAGCAGAAGGAAGCCGGCAAACACUGAAGGUUUACUUCUACCUUGAUGCUUACCAUUUUGAACAGCUUCCUCAAAGGCUGAAGAAUGGAGGGGGAUUUAAAAUCCACCCAGUACUUUUUUCACAAGCAUUGGAGAGCAUGGAAGGAUACUAUUACAGAGACAGUGUCUCAGUGGAAGAAUUUCAAGCUCAGAUUAAUGCAGCCUCACUAGAAAAAGUCAAGCAGUAUAACCAGAAACUACGGGCAUUCUACCUGGAUAAGUCAAACUUGCCUCCAAAUUCAACAUCUAAAGCGGCUUAUAUAGAUAAGCUGAUGAGGCCUCUCAAUUGCUUGGAUGAACUUUACCGACUCAUAGGGUCCUUUAUCCGAUCCAAGCGCACUGCGGCCUGUGCCUACACUGCGUGCAGUGCUUCUGGAGUUGGAUUGCUUUCUGUGGCAUCUGAACUCUGUAGCAGGCUUGGAGCUUGUCACAUCAUUAUGUGCAACAGUGGAGUUCACCGCUGCACGCUGAGUGUUACCCUGGAGCAGGCAAUCAUUCUGGCUCGGAGCCAUGGACUACCUCCUCGCUAUAUCAUGCAAGCUACAGACGUCAUGCGCAAACAGGGUGCAAGAGUACAAAACACAGCCAAGAAUUUAGGAGUUAGGGAUCGAACACCACAGUCUGUGCCAAGAUUAUACAAGCUAUGCCAGCCACCACCACCUGUUGGAGAAGAAUGA